AUGGGCACGAGGAGGCUAAUUUCUGUUCACCUUUCUGUGGGCAGGAAAUAUGAGCUGUACAGCAUGGACUGGGACCUGAAGGAGGAACUCAGGGACUGCCUGGUGGCCGCUGCGCCUUAUGGAGGCCCCAUUGCACUGCUGAGGAACCCCUGGCGGAAGGAGAAGGCUGCAAGUGUACGGCCGGUACUUGACAUCUACUCUGCUUCUGGCAUGCCUCUGGCCAGUCUGCUGUGGAAGAGUGGGCCAGUGGUGUCCCUGGGCUGGUCAGCUGAAGAGGAGCUCCUCUGCGUGCAGGAAGAUGGUGUAGUGCUGGUUUAUGGGCUUCAUGGAGACUUCCGGAGACACUUCAGUAUGGGCAAUGAGGUGCUCCAGAAUAGGGUUCUAGAUGCUCGAAUCUUCCAUACUGAGUUUGGUUCCGGAGUGGCCAUCCUCACAGGGGCCCACCGCUUCACCCUCAGUGCCAAUGUGGGUGACCUCAAACUCCGCCGAAUGCCAGAAGUGCCAGGUUUGCAGAGCGCACCCUCCUGCUGGACCACACUGUGCCAGGACCGAGUGGCACACAUUCUUCUGGCUGUGGGGCCCGAUCUUUACCUCCUGGACCAUGCAACCUGCUCCACCGUGACACCCCCUGGCCUGGCCCCAGGAGUGAGCAGCUUCCUGCAGAUGGCUGUUUCUUUCACCUACCGACACCUGGCACUCUUCACAGACACAGGCUAUAUCUGGAUGGGGACAGCUUCACUCAAGGAAAAACUCUGCGAGUUCAACUGCAACAUCCGGGCCCCCCCGAAGCAGAUGGUCUGGUGCAGCCGUCCUCGUAGCAAGGAGAGGGCUGUUGUGGUGGCCUGGGAGAAGCGGCUAAUGGUGGUGGGUGAUGCACCUGAGAGCAUCCAGUUUGUGCUGGAUGAGGACUCCUACCUGGUACCUGAGCUGGAUGGGGUACGCAUCUUCUCCCGCAGCACCCAUGAGUUCCUACAUGAGGUUCCAGUGGCCAGCGAGGAGAUCUUCAAAAUUGCCUCAAUGGCCCCCGGAGCACUGCUGUUAGAGGCCCAGAAGGAAUAUGAGAAAGAGAGCCAGAAAGCGGAUGAGUACCUGCGGGAGAUCCAGGAGCUGGGGCAGCUGACCCAGGCCGUGCAGCAGUGCAUUGAGGCUGCGGGACAUGAGCACCGGCCAGACAUGCAGAAGAGUCUGCUCAGGGCUGCUUCCUUCGGAAAGUGUUUCCUCGACAGAUUUCCACCUGAUGGCUUCGUGCGUAUGUGUCAGGACCUGCGUGUGCUCAAUGCCAUUCGAGACUUUCACAUCGGGAUCCCCCUCACCUAUAGCCAAUACAAGCAGCUCACCAUCCAGGUACUGCUAGACAGGCUUGUGUUGCGGAGGCUUUACCCCCUGGCCAUCCAGAUAUGCGAAUACUUGCGCCUUCCUGAAGUGCAGGGUGUCAGCAGGAUCCUGGCCCAUUGGGCCUGCUACAAGGUACAACAGAAGGACGUGUCUGAUGAGGAUGUUGCUCGGGCCAUUAACCAGAAGCUGGGGGACACACCUGGUGUCUCCUACUCCGACAUUGCUGCUCGGGCCUAUGGCUGUGGCCGCACAGAGCUGGCCAUCAAGCUUCUGGAGUAUGAGCCUCGCUCUGGGGAGCAGGUACCUCUUCUCCUAAAAAUGAAGAGGAGCAAACUGGCACUGAGCAAGGCCAUCGAGAGUGGGGACACUGACUUGGUGUUCACGGUGUUGCUGCACCUGAAGAACGAGCUGAACCGAGGAGAUUUUUUCAUGACCCUUCGGAACCAGCCCAUGGCCCUGAGCUUGUACCGACAGUUCUGUAAGCACCAGGAGCUAGAGACGCUGAAGGACCUUUACAAUCAGGACGACAACCACCAGGAGCUGGGCAGCUUCCACAUCCGAGCCAGCUACGCUGCAGAGGAGCGUAUUGAGGGGCGGGUCGCAGCUCUGCAGACAGCAGCCGAUGCCUUCUACAAGGCCAAGAAUGAGUUUGCAGCCAAGGCCACAGAGGAUCAAAUGCGGCUCCUACGGCUACAGCGACGCCUAGAAGAUGAGCUGGGGGGUCAGUUCCUAGACCUGUCUCUACAUGACACAGUCACGACCCUCAUCCUUGGUGGCCACAACAAGCGUGCAGAGCAGCUGGCACGUGACUUCCGCAUCCCCGACAAGAGGCUCUGUUGGCUGAAGCUGACUGCCCUGGCAGAUCUGGAAGACUGGGAGGAACUAGAGAAGUUUUCUAAGAGCAAGAAAUCACCCAUUGGCUAUCUGCCCUUUGUGGAGAUCUGCAUGAAGCAACACAACAAAUACGAGGCGAAGAAGUACGCCUCCCGAGUGGGUCCUGAGCAGAAGGUCAAGGCCUUGCUUCUUGUUGGGGAUGUGGCUCAGGCUGCAGACGUGGCCAUCGAGCGCCGGAAUGAGGCAGAGCUGAGCCUUGUGUUGUCCCACUGCACUGGAGCCACAGAUGGGGCGACAGCCGACAAGAUUCAGCGGGCCAGGGCACAAGCCCAGAAGAAGUGAGGGGCCCACCCUGCACGUCUCUUCAGGUCCUGAGCGUGGCAGAAGAGUCACUACUUCAGCUUCUCCCCCGGAGCUAAGCUGAGGAGCUGGGGUAGGAAGGGAACCAGGGGUCUGGUUGUAAAUAAAGUUGAACCUUUUAGAGUGCUCUAUGCAGUCCCACCUAAGCAACAGCAAGCUAGAGGCAGAACCAUACAGACACCUCAGCAAAACUCCAUGGUUGUGGUGGGUCUGGAGAAGGAGCUACAUUUAUAAGACACCUGCCCCUUUGUACAGUUACCAAGGAAAGCUCUCUCAAGCUCCUAGCCCCCAGAAAGAUUAUGGGAAGGAAUGACACAAAACUUAAGCAACAGUUCGUCCAGAACCAUACUGAGAAGCAUUGUACACACACAUAUACAAGAAGGAUGCUAAACACUUGACCAUUAUUUUAUUUAUUCCACAUGCCAGCCCUGUGAGAUAGGCAACAUAACCCCAUUUUACAGAAGAGGAAUUUUAGGUCCAGGGAGGUUUGGUAACAGCAAAUAUGUGGCAAAAUGGAUUUGAAACCAUGUUAGACAUUUGGGCGUCUUAGAGCUUCUCCUUAGAUGUUUGUGGUAACAGGAGGGAUGACUCAGAGCUGGAACUAAAAUUGGGCCCUUUGUAAGCAGGGGACCCUGAUCAAGGCCCCGGUUUGCACUGGUUUGCACUGCAGUGCGAAUUGGAGGACUAAUGAGAGGCAUGUGGCCAGCAGAUUGUAGAGAUUGGAGGAGGAGUCUUUGGAGACCCAACCACUGUUUGUAAACAGUGGUGAUAAUUCCUGAGUGGUUUCUGAGCUGGAGAGAAAAGGAUGGAAUUCUUUGGGCAUUUCUACCAAGACCUGCAAACAAGACACUGGCUUCACUCUACCUGGGAAGGAGGUUUCGUCCGCAGUCAGCAGGAGCGCCUUCUUGGCCCUCUAGUGACCCUCUCUCUAGCCUUCAGUUUGUAAUCCAGUGCACCUUGGCUUCAUGUCCCAGUGCCUCAACCCCACACUGAGGACAUGACUUUUUCCUCUUGUUACCCCCUCAGUCUAGAAGACAAAGGAGGAAACCAGAGUCCAGAGGAGGGCAAGCCUCAUCACAGAGUGAGAGGCCCAGUAAGGUCUUUCUUUUUCUUCCCCCACCUGAUUUGUAAAUGUAAAUUUGUGAGAAUCCUCCCAGGAAAUAUAAAUCAAAUUGUAAA